AUGGCUCCCUCUGCCGUGACCGAGGACUCAGUCCAAACCCCGGGCAACUCGAUAAACUUCAUCAAGGAGAAUGUGAAAAAUCUACAAAACGGCUCCUCGGGCACUUCGACACCGACACCACCCUCAGUCGCCUCAGACCCCAAUCAUGAAGAACACCAAUACCUCAAUCUGAUCCGCGAUAUCCUCUCGCGGGGCGAACAUCGCCCCGACCGUACCGGGACCGGGACACUCUCGCUCUUUGCACCACCCCAACUGCGCUUCAGUCUCUCGAGGCUCUCCUCCUCCUCCUCCGACGAUGAUGGUGGCGACGAUCGUGCCUCAACCUACAUUCCCGUCCUUCCCCUUCUCACCACCAAACGCGUCUUCCUCCGCGCCGUCACGACCGAACUUCUCUGGUUCAUCUCCGGGUGCACGAGCUCCCAACCGCUCUCGUCAGCGGGCAUACACAUCUGGGACGGCAACGGAUCUCGCGAGUUUCUCGACAACCUAGGCUUCACGGACCGGGAAGAGGGCGACCUGGGCCCCGUGUACGGGUUCCAGUGGCGGCACUUCGGCGCGCCCUACUCGGACUGCCACGCGGACUACGCGGGCAAGGGCGUCGACCAGAUCGCCGAGAUCGUGCGCAAGCUCAAAACCAACCCUUACGACCGUCGCAUCAUCCUCAGCGCAUGGAACGUCGCCGACCUGAAACUCAUGGCUCUCCCGCCGUGUCACAUGUUCGCCCAGUUCUACGUGAGCUACCCUGACGCGCCGCGCGGCGAACAGGCGCUUUCGCAAGAAUCAACGACAUCGGCAACGCCGUCCUCGACGGCCAAGCUAAAGGCGAAGGGACAUCUCUCGUGCGUCCUGUACCAGCGGUCAUGCGACAUGGGUCUCGGCGUGCCGUUCAACAUCGCAAGCUACGCCCUGCUCACGCACAUGCUCGCCUACGCGUGCGACCUCGUCCCCGGCGAACUGAUCCACACCAUGGGCGACGCGCACGUGUACCUGGACCACAUCGACGCGUUGAAGGAGCAACUGCAGCGCGAGCCGCGGGAGUUCCCGACCUUGAACAUCAAGCGUGACGACAAGGGCAGCGGACAGAUGGAUGGGUGGAGGCUGGAGGACCUCGAGGUCGUGGGGUACAAGCCUCACGGUGGGAUUAAGAUGAAGAUGAGCGUAUGA